GAGAGUGAUUUGCGCGCCCACGUCGACGCCACGAAGCUGGAGGUCAUGGCAGCGAUUGCCUCUAUCCAGUCCAGCGCCACGGCUCUCUCGCGGUCGUUCGCGUCUCAUGCAGAAGGCAUCGAUCGGCAGGUUGAAGCCCGAAUGCACCGUGUUGAGACCCGAGUGGACGACCACGACAACAGAUUGCAGUACCUGGAGAAGCAGAUUGAGCACUUACAACGGCAGCUUCACAUCGUCAAGACGGAGCCGCCUCCCCCGAAGAUCGAGUUGCCGAAUGGCUUCAACCGUCCGACGGAUCCCACCAUUUUGGUUGUGCGUUCGAAAGAGAUGGUUACUCAUCAAGCAGUAUGUGACGGCAUCAAGACAUGGAUGCUGGACGCAGCCUUGGACGUUGACGACUACGAGGUCCAGCGCCCUGAGGAAGGUCCAGCAGCGAAACGGUUCAUCAUCCAGUUCACGGGUCAGCCGCAUCUGGCAUCCAGAGCUCUCCGCCAAGCGAUGGGAGCAAUCAAGCAGAGAGACAACACGUGGAGGCGCUUCUUCGCGGCGCUCCCCACUGGAGGCCACACUGACCUGUUCAUCAGCAUCGACAAAAACCAGGCUUCUGUGGAGUGGAACAUCCCGAACUUGCAGGCGCUGGGUCUCGACAAGCAGAGGAAGGUGAGUGGUCUCUUUAACAAGUUCCUGAGGCCUUGGCUGGGUCCUGGCCCCACCUCGGCUUCUUUGUGCUUUGCCAGUUGGAACGCAAAUGCUCUCUUCCACUUCGACCCCUCCACCAAGACCAAGAAGUUCCACUACCUCUCCUCCCUCAUGUCUCCCACGUCCAUCGUCGCUGUACAGGAAACGCACGGCACAGAGGCAGAAGCCAGGAACAUGAUCCACUUUCUGCGCAAGCCGUACACUUGCCACGCCAGUUUUUUGCCGAACGCCGCGGGAGGUGUUCUCACGCUGAUCCCUGAUCACAAGUUUGUAGACUUUGAGGUUGACUCUACAUGUGAGCCUCUGGUUCAGGGCAGGGUUCUCUUUACAGAUAUCCAGAUUGAUGGGGGCUCAGCUUGGAUCGCUCACUACAAUAUCCACAACUAUGGGCUCCAGAGGCACGAGAAGACCCAGAUAGCUAACCGCAUUCUUGGGAGGCUCCAGGAGGCCAAAGAGGACCCGCUCAACAAAAUCGUCGUCGUCAUAGGUGACUUCAAUAUAGCUGCCGCGCCUCCGACCCCUGUCAAUCCUGCCAGUUUUGUUGCUCCUGGAGAAGGGUGCCAGACCUGGAGGGCCACCCAGGACGCCAUCUGGAGGGACCUUCUUGGGAAGUUAGUGGAAAUUGAGCAGCUCGACCCCACCCACGUGUACAGGCCGAAUGACAUGAUGAGCAUCAUAGAUAGGGCCUUCACUUCUCUCCCUGGGUGGGCACUCAAGCAAUUUAACGUAUGUGGUGUGACGCAGGGUCUCGCUGAGGUUGUGAUCCACCAACGGCUGUCAGACCAUGCAGCGAUCAAGAUUGACUUCCACCCGGGUGGCCAGAAGCACCAUAAGGAGCGAGCCAUCAACCGAGACCUCUUCGGCACCCCCGAAUACGACAGGUUUGUACAGGCCUAUCUCCAGUGCGGUGACAUCGAGCAGUACUCGCCGCCGAUCCGACUUUUGUAUCUUAAGACGCUGAUGAAAGAGGGUGCCAGGUUCGCUCGGAACGCCUCCUUGGGACAGGCCUCGGACUCUACCCUGGGACGUAUCAUUCUCUGCCGUUCUAUUUCCAGGGCCGUCUGGCGUCAGGACUGCACCCUGGGGCAGAAACUCAUCAAGGCGUACCCUCUUGCUAAGCAAUACCUUCAGUACGACGCGGAGACGAGCCGAAUCUCCUUGGAGAACCCUGGGGCCUUUGCGGACCUGAUCAAUUCCCUGGAAGAAACGGACCACAUGACCAAGAUAAAACGCCUGGGCAAAAACCUUUCGGCAGCUCCCGAAUCAGAGAAGAAAAAGCUACGGCAGCGUCUCCGUCGUCUGCAGAGGCGUGCGAAACUUUGGGCUCCUUUUGAUCGCCGCUUACAUGUGCGCGGUAUUCGCCGCAAAGAUCAGCUUCUCUCCGACCCGCUGGACAUGGCUUCAGCGAUUAGUGAGCAUUGGGGCCAGAUCUUCAGUGCGAAAGAUACUCCUGUGGAAAAGGCACGGACCUACAUCCAGAGGUUCACAGGUCACAUCGACCUGCGUGACAUCCCGCCCCCGACCAAGAGCCUGAUGUCUGCAGUGUUGAGAAAGCAAACUCACAGUGCCCCUGGUCCCGACUGUAUCCCGUACGCGGCUUGGCAGAAGACUCCCCAGGCUCUUGAGACCCUCUCUGAGAUGAUGUUCUGGCUCCUGGACGGCGGCUGGGCUUUUUGGGGUUUCAAUCACCUUCUGGGCGUCUACAUUCCGAAGGGGGAGGAGGAAGGAGAUCAAGAUGGAGGAGGUUGCGUUCGUGAUUGUGAUAAGCUUCGACCCCUGGGCCUCAAAAACACAGAUAACAAGCUCAUCACCGCCACCAUCAUGUUCUCGUUCUCCAGGGAGUGGUCCAAGGUUGCCAAUAGACUACAACGAGGUUUUAUCCAGGGACGCCAGUUUGGGACCAACAUCGUCGAAUUGGACGCUGUUGCCAGGUGUUACUCAAUGGUCCCUUCAGCUGGCACGGACCUGCCGCUCGUAGCCGCCUUCGACUUUGCGCAGGCUUUUCCGUCGAUCUCUCAUCGGUGGAUGCUGCUGGUCCUCGAAGAAAUCGGUCUUCCACCCCCGUUGCUGGCUUAUAUCGUCUUACUGUACCAGGGGGUGAUUUGCUACUCGGAGUUUGGAGGCCUGAUUUUAUUUAUGUUUCCUGUCCUUGCUGGAAUCAUCCAAGGGUGCCCUGGAUCGGGAACGCUGUUUGCGGUUAGCAUGGAGCCCUUUGUGGCUGACUUCGAAUCGACGAUAGAGCUUAAGCAUCGCGGGAUAGUCAGACUCUGCGCUGAUGACAUAGGCACGGCCCUCAUCAAGCUGCAGUACCUCGUGCAAUUGUUCCGCAUAUUUGGCCUUGCGGCCCAACUUGCAGCUCUGCAUCUGAAUAUUUCGAAGUGUCAAAUACUUCCCCUGGCCGGCCCCAUCACGGACCCGAUCAAACAGCUCUACAAACUGAAGUUGAAAGCCCUUAUCCCGUCCUGGGCCGCCUUCGAAAUCGUCGAAGUCAUCAAGUAUCUGGGCAUGUUUCUCGGGCCCGAGGCAGAGCAGCACU